GUUUUUAAUCCGUAGCCUGGCAAUGGGACUUCUAUCGUUUUAUUCUUUAAGGGUUAACAGCUGACGACUGGAAACAUUCAGGUCGUACUGCUUUCCAAAUCGUAUAUUCAGCUCCGACGGCUGCAGCAGAUACGUGAUCAGUAGUUUAUUGAUGUUCUCAAACAGCGACGAAGCUGUCAUCAACAGGAAGUUGCCGAAGGAGCUGCUGCUACGGUUGGUGGCGCCCGGUUUCCUUCAAAACGCAGCGAUGACUGUGCUGACGCUACCAGCUGGACUGGGGGCCUAAAUAAUCCUCUUAAAGGCAGGACACAUUGUGAUGAUGUCACCAGAGUCAGGUGAUCUGGGUCAGGUCAGGCUUCCGUGCCGAUCAGGGUCUUUUUGAUCAAGCAGAAUUCACAUAUAGUUGCCAAAGGCUGGAUGAUGUGAAAUCUCUAAAAUGGCUGCCUCGCGUCCAGCGCCGGGCAAAGGGGAACGCUGGUUCCCAAACUAUGGAACGUCCCACCUCAUAAACCAGAGGUUCUGUAUGGACGAGGGGACCUGUUCCUGGAUUAGGACCUUUUGCUCUGCAAUGCUGUAUGAGUGCAGGCCUGGCCCGCUCUUCCGAGGUGGUGUUGAUGGCUCGCCUUGCGCGGUACGUGCAGUCUGUGUGCUUAGCCCUCCGCGCGCUCUGUGUGCGUUCGGCCACACCUGUCGCCGCUGUGGCUGUUUGCUCAAGCCUGCCGGGGAACGGCGUUCUUGGCCGGCCGGCCCGCGAGCCCGGUGCUCUCUCUCUCUCUCUCUCUCUCUCUCUGCGGAGCGUUGACGUGUCAGUGUGCUGACGGAUGAGAUGUGUCCUGCCCGUCCCUGCUCCAUGUCCUCCUCUCCCUCUCCCUCUCCCCUCCUCUGCUUUUAGGAUCUUCUCCUUCUUGGAUGUGGUGACUCUGUGCCGCUGUGCCCAGGUCUCACGGGCCUGGAACGUCCUGGCAUUGGAUGGCAGCAACUGGCAGAGGAUAGACCUGUUUGACUUCCAGAGAGACAUUGAGGGCCGUGUUGUGGAGAACAUCUCCAAGCGCUGCGGAGGCUUCCUGAGGAAGCUCAGCCUAAGGGGAUGCCUGGGCGUAGGGGACAGUGCACUGAGGACCUUCGCCCAGAACUGCAGGAACAUUGAAUUACUCAGUCUGAACGGCUGCACCAAGAUCACGGACACCACGUGCUCCAGUCUCAGUAAGUUCUGUCCGAAACUGAAGCACCUGGACUUGGCCUCCUGCACCUCCGUCACUAACCUGUCCCUCAAAGCGCUCAGUGAAGGCUGCCCCCUGAUGGAGCAGCUGAAUAUCUCCUGGUGUGACCAGGUGACCAAGGAUGGGAUCCAGGCCCUGGUUCGCUGCUGUCCCAGUCUGAAGGGCCUGUUUCUCAAGGGCUGCACACAGUUGGAGGAUGAUGCUCUGAAGUACAUUGGGGGGCAUUGUCCUGAGCUGGUCACCCUCAAUCUGCAGACGUGCUCGCAGAUCACGGACGAGGGCCUCAUCUGCAUCUGCCGGGGCUGCCACCAGCUGCAGUCCCUCUGCGUGUCCGGAUGCGCCAACUCCACCGACGCCACCCUCAACGCGCUGGGCCAGAACUGCCCCCGCCUCAGAAUACUGGAGGUGGCUCGCUGCUCCCAGCUCACCGAUGUGGGAUUCACUACUCUGGCGCGGAACUGCCAUGAGCUGGAGAAGAUGGACCUAGAGGAGUGUGUGCAGAUCACGGACGGCACUCUGAUCCAGCUUUCCGUUCACUGCCCUCGGCUGCAGGUUCUGAGCCUGUCGCACUGCGAGCUGAUCACGGACGACGGGAUCAGGCACGUGGGCGGCGGCCCGUGCGCGCACGACCGGCUGGAGGUCAUCGAGCUGGACAACUGCCCGCUGAUCACCGACGCCUCGCUGGAGCACCUGAAGAACUGCCACAGCCUGGACCGCAUCGAGCUCUACGACUGCCAGCAGAUCACCCGCGCCGGCAUCAAGAGGCUCAGGACUCACUUGCCGAAUAUCAAAGUACACGCCUACUUUGCCCCGGUGACUCCGCCCCCCUCGGUCGGGGGAAGCCGGCAGCGGUUCUGUCGCUGCUGCGUCCUGCUAUGAUGUCAGCGCCCCUCCCCCCCCCCCCCCCCCACCUCCCCUGGGCCCAAUUUCGUGUGCAAGAGUCCGCAUCUGCAUGGCCCUCCUACCCAGCGCCACAGAGUGGGGGCGUGGUCGCCCGAGAGGGACCGACGUAUCCUCGCCCGGACUGAAGACACGCCUCUGCCACGCUCCUGACCCCGCCUCCCUCUACGCACAUCUCCACAUUCCUAUAAUGCACUGCCUGUGUCUGCUACAAAGCGCACAUACACACGUGCUCAUGGUCAUUCAUGGAUGCACACGCACACACACACACACGCUCAUGCACGGAUAUACACACACACACGCACACACACACAGACAGUUCAUGCUUGAACACCUCUUUCCUCUCGCAUUUUGAAACUCCAUUGUACUGAAAAAGAAAAUCAUAUAUUUUUUCUAAAGGACAAAAGAGAUUUCCACACAGAACGGGACCUGAGAAAAUGCCAAAAGUUGCAUGUCAGAAUUCAAUUUUUUUGUAAUAUAAGCGUGUGAAGGACAUACACCGUCAGAGCAAUAUUACAGGCUUAUGCCCCCUCUGCUCUGUGUGUGGGUGAUGUACACCUGUGUCGGCGAAUCGGAAGGCAGAGUCCCGUUUGACAAGCCUGCUGCGUGAGGGCGGUGCUUCGUCACUUUGUAGCCUGUGAUUGGCUGGGAGGGCAGAGGGCGGGAGAAACGGAGGGAAAAUGGCCUUAUUUUAAAGACCAGCUGGACCCGGGACACCGCCACGGGGCUCUGACCUUUUAAGGCCCUGAGGUCGGAGGGGUGGAGGGGGAGGGAGAGGUCCGGCGAAGAGCCCCAUGGACUCAGCCAGAGGAUGGACGGCGGGGGCGACCCACGACCCCAGCAACCGAAGCCUUUGGGGACCACCCGUCCACGGGCAUCUUCCCAGACUUGAAUGGGGAGGGAGGGGGGACCCAAAACCCCAGCCCAGCGAACUGGACAGUAGUCACACUUGCCAUCCGGACAAAGCUACAAGCUCUGGAGAUGGGUGAGAGGAAAAAUGAAGAAGAAAGAAUGAGAGAAUUAGAGAGGGUAUAUGUCACUGACAAAGACACAUUUCAUAGAAGAAGCACAGAUUUGGAAAACCACUGGGUUUCGUCAAGAUGCAGUUCCUGUGCUGUAUUAACCUGGACAUUUGUACCUUGUCAGCCAGUGUAUAGAUAACGUGGUCAGAAGUAUCUCUGGUUAGCAUAUCUGUACACAGUGAGUCUGUGGUCCACAGAGGAUCCAGGGGGACUUUUACAACAGUCUACAUACAGACUUGGCUGGCACACUGAGCUUGGACUUGUCCGUACAACUCUGUCACUCACCCUCUCAGUUCUUCUCCUUUUUAUUACUUCCUGCCAGUUCCCAUCAUCCUGUUCUCUGGUUUGAGUGGACGACAGUGUUCUCCCCAGGUGAAUAAACGACAGUCUUUGGCCUUGGUUUC